AUGUCUCUACCAGACCUCCGCCGCCCCCGCGCCCUUGACCGUUAUCAUCCCCUCACCCCCUCCUCCACCGUUCCUGCUACGCCGUUCGCAUCUUCCGUCGGCUCUCGUCUGCACAGCUUCACUACAUUCGUCAGCAGCCAGUCCUACUCUGUCGUCGACUCGCCCUACGCUAGCGCUGGUCGCCCUCUCUCCCUCACUUCUCUCGGUAAAGACUUCCCUCUCUCUGCAGACCCCGACCAAUGGAACGCCUACGUCACUCCCGACAUGAAGGAGGCCGACGACCAUCUCCAUCUCCCCGACCCCUCCGAUAAGCCUGGCCAUAUUGACCGCGACGGUCCUGUCCUCUCCUGGCGAGGAUUCACCAACGUUGGCUCCUUGCUACUUCUCAUUGGUGCCCUUCUGACGCUCUUCGCGGGCUACCCAAUUAUUACGUAUACGCGCUCGAGCGCAUAUACAUCUCUAGGCGCGUAUGGGCCAGGCGGGAUCAACGGGUCGGGGCAGGUGCCGCAGAUCCCGGGCAGUGUUGGGCUGAUCGACGCGGAUACGCCGCGGUCAGCGUACACGAAGCCAUCGUGGAACGGGCGCGAAGAGAUGACGCUCGUGUUCUCAGACGAGUUCAAUACUCCUGGGCGGACAUUCUGGCCAGGAGACGACCCGUAUUGGGAGGCGGCAAACCUGCAUUAUUGGGAGACGAACAAUCUAGAAUGGUACGACCCCACAGCGAUCUCGACACAGAAUGGUAGCUUGGUUAUCACCCUAAGCCAGAAGGAGACGCACAAUCUCCAAUACCAGGGUGGCAUGCUUAGCACGUGGAACAAAUUUUGCUUCACGGGUGGAUAUGUAGAGGCGAACGUGUCGCUGCCGGGGGUUAAUAAUAUCGUGGGUCUGUGGCCUGCGAUAUGGACAAUGGGCAACCUCGGGCGUGCGGGGUACGGAGCGAGUUUGCAAGGCUUAUGGCCAUACUCGUACGAUUCGUGCGACGUCGGUACAGUGGCUAAUCAGACCGUCGACGGACAGCCUGCUGCUGCAACGGAGGGCGGUGACCCGAGCGCGGACGGGGUGCUUUCUUAUUUACCGGGACAACGGUUAUCGCGUUGUACGUGUCCAGGGCAAAGCCAUCCAGGGCCGAAGCACAGCGAUGGGACAUUUGUGGGUCGCGCUGCGCCGGAGAUCGAUAUGUUUGAGGCACAAAUCACGGGGACGCCACCGAUGGGACAGGUGUCGCAGUCUGCACAAUGGGCGCCGUUCAACGCGGGAUACUUGUGGGAUAACUCAAGUGCGAACGAGGUGAUUGCGAAUCCAUCUAUCUCGACGCAGAACACGUAUAGUGGUGGCGUGCUGCAGCAAGCAACGAGCGUUGUGACUGAGACAAACCAGAACUGCUAUGAGUAUGAGACCGGAUGCUACUCGGUAUAUGGAUUCGAGUAUGUGCCAGGGUUUGACAACGCAUAUAUUACGUGGGUCGCGAACAACAAGGCAUCGUGGACGCUAAAUGCUGCGGGCAUGGGCGCGGACCCCAAGGUGCAAAUCUCAGCGCGACCGGUGUCACAGGAGCCCAUGUACCUCAUCAUGAACUUGGGAAUGUCAUACAACUUUGGCGAAGUGGACCUUACACAGAUUCCAUUCCCGGUUCAUCUGCGUGUCGACUAUAUCCGAGUGUACCAACCGAGCGACGCGAUCAACAUCGGAUGUGACCCGAAAGACUUCCCGACAGAAGCAUACAUCAAUCAGUGA